AGAACGAGCAGCCAGACUCCAGCCUGCACCGCACUGGGACCUAAGCAUGGCACAGAGGGGGACAACAAGGAACGGAGUGGCAGACAAGAUCCCAGCUUCAGAUCUACCUCAGCCUGCCAAAAUCCAGCGAGUCAUUUACACCAAGAUCUUCAUCAACAAUGAGUGGCACAUGUCCGUUAGUGGAAGGACGUUCCCAACUCUGAACCCGGCAACUGGGGAUACAAUCUGUGAGGUCCAAGAAGCAGACAAAGAGGAUGUUGAUAAGGCGGUUGCAGCAGCCAAAGCGGCCAUGCAGCUGGACUCUGCUUGGCGGAAGAUGGAGCCCCCCCGCAGGGGGAGGUUGCUGCACAAACUAGCGAACCUGGUGGAGAGGGACCGUAAACUGCUGGCGACCUUGGAGUCACUGGACACAGGGAAGCCAUUUCUCCAAGCUUUCUUCACUGAUCUGGAAGGUAGCAUCAAAACGCUGCAUUACUACGGAGGCUGGGCUGAUAAGAUUCAUGGCAAAAGUUUGCCUGUGGAUGAAACCUUUGUGUGUUUAACCAGACAUGAACCUAUUGGCAUUUGUGGAGCCAUUAUUCCAUGGAACUUCCCUCUGCUGAUGCUCAUGUGGAAGUUAGCACCGGCCCUGAGUUGUGGAAACACUGUGGUCAUCAAACCGGCAGAGCAGACCCCACUCACUGCGCUGCACAUUGGAUCACUGAUCAAAGAGGCAGGCUUCCCUGCUGGAGUGGUGAACAUCGUUCCAGGGUUUGGAUCCACAGCCGGAGCAGCGAUUGCCAGCCAUGAAGGCAUCGAUAAAGUGGCCUUCACCGGCUCCACAGAGGUGGGCCAACUGAUCAAAGAGGCUGCAGCCAAAAGUAAUCUGAAGAGAGUCACUUUGGAGCUGGGAGGGAAGAACCCUUGUAUUGUGUUUGCUGACUGUGACUUGCAGCUGGCUGUGGAGGAAAUUCAAAAAGGAGCUUUUUACAACCAAGGCCAGUGCUGCACAGCUGCAUCACGUGUCUUUGUGCAGGACAGGAUUUAUGAGGAGUUUGUGCGCCGUAGCAUAGAAAAUGCCAAGAAGAUUGUCAUAGGAGACCCACUGGACCCCCAGACGACACACGGACCACAGAUAGACCAACAACAGUUUGAAAAAAUAAUUGACCUGAUAGAAAGUGGGAAAAAAGAAGGAGCCAAACUGGAAUACGGAGGAGGAGCUGUGGGAGAAAAAAGUCUCUUUAUUCAACCCACCAUCUUCUCCGAUGUCAAAGACAGCAUGAGGAUCGCCAAGGAAGAGAUCUUUGGGCCUGUGCUCUGUAUAUUCAGCUUUAAGAGCAAACAGGAAGUCAUAGAGAGGGCCAACAACUCUCAGUAUGGCCUGGUGUCUGCUGUGUUCACAACAAGUAUGGACAGAGCUCUGUCUGUGUCUGGAGCCCUGGAGACUGGAACUGUCUGGAUAAACUGCUAUAACGCCAUGCAUGUCCAGACUCCGUUUGGAGGAUACAAGAUGUCAGGAAAUGGAAGAGAGCUAGGGGAAUACGCCCUUGCAGAGUACUCUGAGGUAAAAACUGUAACCUUCAAGAUGAAUGACUCCAUGUGAGCGGAGCUGGGAAGGUCCAUGCCCCCCUGCACUGUCCUGAUCCUUAUGUCAUCCUGUUUUAAAACUAUAGAACAUCAGAAUGCUUGAUUUAGAUAGUUAAAUCUCCAGGUUGUGAACACUAAUAGAAAAUAUUUGGGUUAGAAAUUCUAUGCCUUCAGAAAGCAUUAAUCUCUUUUAGCAUUUUUUCACAUUUUUACACUUUGUAUAAUUUAAUUAACAUAUAUUAACAUGUUUGUAGACAAUGGCAAAAAUGAUUUAUUCACAAUGAGAAUUUUAAAGCUGAAGAUUAAAUAAAGUGUGUACAGGAGAUAUUAUGUUUAUCUCCUGAAUUUCCUGAAAGUUUUUCAGAACAUUUUACUGUUGUGGAUCAAUUUUCUACAUGAUUGCAGCAUGCUGCCACCGCCAGGCUUUGCUGGGGAGAUGCUAUUGAGAGAGUGAAACUCUAUUUAGUGUAAACUCUUGAAGUGAGUAAAUGUAACAGCGCAUCUGUGCACAGGGACACGAAGUGCAAAAAAAAAAAAAAAAAACAGUUGGCAUUCACUAAGAUAAAGAUACGUUAAUAAGAAAUGAUUAAUUAAUGUAAUUAAUGUUGAGUGUAAGAAAAGUAUGGAAGUUAGAUUUCUGACACCAGUUACUCAGAAACUGGUCUCUGGUCUCUUCUCUUCCAGUGUGUGUGUGAAUGCCAGGAUCAGCAGAAACGGGAUUAUCCAGCAGUCACAGCUGUUAAUGAAAUAAACUGUGUUUCAAUGUAAACUGACCAGGAUAAAAUAAUUCACUAUUUGUUAUAACUCACUAAAAUUGUUUGUGAUAAUCACUGUAAACAAUGAAAUAGGGU